AUGGAAAUCCUUAAGCGUGCAAGACCGCCGUCUUCAACGUUUGACUUCACCUCUGCUAGUGUAGGCAAUCUGUUUUUGACAGGCGCACGCCUCUUCAGUGGCAGUCUCGAGAGUGCCAUAUACCUGCUGGGCAGCAUCUGCUCAGUCCCCACAGACGAUGUCCGUGUGAUUCCCGCUAUAAACUCCACAUUUUCCCACCACAUAUCGGCCUCUCUAGUUGAUGGCUCAGUCAUCGUCGGCCAGAACAGCAUUUCCCAUCCAAGUGAAGCAACAGCUAUCCAGCCAAUCCCAUCACUCAGAAGACCCAGCCUCCUCCUUGCCGAUGGCGACGACGCUUGCUCUGACUCUGAUGACCUCCCGUACAAUGAAAGCCACCUUCCAGGCUCUCUUCCAACACUGCGCAACAAGAACAUAACCUUCAGCAAAACCGGGACAGAAGAUCUCCCCUGCCGCAUCUCUCGGCUUUGGUACAUAAAUCCCUAUGGUCAAGAGAUUAGACCCCCAGCCAACCCCCGUGUUCUAGAUGCGUUGUAUUCAUCACAGGCCAUAAUAUACAGUAUCGGCUCACUCUACACGUCUAUAAUACCUUGCAUAAUCCUCAAGGGUGUGGGAAAAGCUAUUUAUAACAGCGGUGCCCGGCAGAAGAUCCUGAUAUUGAAUGGAUCCAUAGACCGCGAGACAGGACCAGCAAGACAGCCCUUCGCGCAGCAGAUUUUAUCGAAGCCAUUGUCCGUGCUGGCGAGGAAAGUCGGGGCUUCAAGUACAUCAUUCUACCCGUUUGAGAGAAGAUAA